AUGUCGUACCACCUCACAUCCUAUGACAAGGCCCCCAUCAAGGCCCAGAUGAUCACACAACCGGCGUUUGCCCGUUUAUUCUCUGCACACGGGCUGAAUAAGUCAGCAUGGACCCACGAGGCAGCAACCGCAUGGGGAUACCAGAAAUGUCGGACGGAGGCAAUGAGGGUCAUCACCUCGCAAUUGGAUGGUUUUAUUUCGGUAAUGAAUUGCCCUCACGUCAGCCGUGAGGCCCGGAAACAGCUUUCCGAUGCGGCUGCCGAAGUAGACAUUGUAAUGGCGAAGGAAGCAGGGACCCCUUGGCCAGAUGAAGAACCACGAAAACUUCUGCAAUCCGACAAAUCCAUCACAUGA